GGAAGAGGGAAGAGGUUCUGCAGAGAGAGAGAGCUGAUGGAGAAAGUCUGUUGACAGCUGAAUUUCUCCUCCAACCCGUUGACCAGACUUGUCAUGGUCGGUGUUACCGAUCAACCCAGAGUCGUUUUUGGACAUUUGACCGUUUGAGGAGCUCUGAGGUUCUUCUGGGCUCGACCUGCGUCCACAGAAAAAAAGCUCUUCUGCAGUUAACGCGUGAACUGUGACCGUCUCCAGUGGCAUGGGACAUGGCAACAACUGAGGCGCAGCUGAUGUUGAGCGUCGGACUAAUCGAGAAAGAUGUGAACGGAGACACGCUGUGGGUGUGGUGUUACCCGUCCAUCAGCCCCGAGCUGAGGCAGCUGCUGCUCAGCAAGUGCUGCCUGACCCAGGACGGCCGGGAUUUCCACACCUUUGUGUUCGGCCAGUUCAGCCGGACCUGGUACUACAUCACCACGGCGGAGGUGCAGGAGCCCACGGCACUGAAGAAGGUCUCCCAUUUCUCGAUAGCCGUGACGGCGAAGGACUUCAACCCGGAGAAGUACGCCGCUCUCAGCAGGAUACUCUGCAGGACGUACGUGAAAUACGGCAGUCCGGUGAAGAUGAUGGAGGCGUACGUCAGCGUCUUCACCAAGGGGAUCUGCCAGAACGACGAAAACGGCUCGUUUCUCAUCAAAGACUACGACGUCCGGAAGGCGUACCUGGCAGGUUCAGUCAAAGAUGUGGUGUCCCAGUUUGGCAUGGAGACCAUCAUCCUGUACACCGCCCUGAUGCUGAAGAAGAGGAUCGUGGUGCACCACCCUCGCGUCGAGGCGCUCCUGGAGUUCACCAGAGUCCUGCCCGCCCUGACGUGGCACAGGAAAGACUGGUCCGUCCUGCAUCCCUACGUCCACCUGACCGACGGCGAGCUGGAGGACCUGAGGAAAUGCCCCGGAUACGUAGCAGGAUUCGUGGACGCGGAGGUGAGCAACAGACCGGACUUGUUCGAUGUGUUUGUGCACCUCCCAGAUGGCGUGAUCACGGUGUCCCAGGGUGCCAAAGAGGCCAUGACGAUGGGGAAGCUGCACAAGGACAUCGCCCACGUCAUCGUUCAGUCCGCGCAGGACGCCGACCGCUCCGACAGCCAAGUGAUCAAGGACAUUUCCAUCAAGACCAAAGAGGUCCUCACCAACCUGUUCGCCCUGGCCGAGGCGUGCGAAGACUCCAAACUCACGCUGGACGCUCUGAAGCAGCACCGCUUCCCUCCGGCCACCGAGAACUUCCUCUUUCACCUGGCGGCCGCCGAGCAGCUCCUACGGGUGUAACCUCCAGAACCAAGCAGGAGGGGCGGAGCCAGGCGGGGAGCUUCCUGUCUCCUCAGACGCUUUUUAUUUUAGUUUUUCUGUCCCGCUUUGAAAUCUUUGAGGUGAGGAAGGGAAACGGUCCCUAGCAGCAGGUUUUUAUAUUCACAGGAGAGAGAACAGGGGGAGACGUUUUAUUUCCCCGAGGCGAGCGCGUUGAAGCUCGGCAGUACGAGGCGCUGGAAGUGAACCGACAGCUCUGGUGAGAAGGUGACGUCCAGACGUCACAGACGUGAAUGUCAUUAUUAUGGGAUUUUAACCGUUUACCUAAAGCAUCCCAGGGUGGAAGGACUAUGUGUCGUGCAACUUUAUUUCCUGCCAGCACACAAGUUUGAAUUUAUGGGUUUUCUCCAUUAAAAUAUACAUAAAAGCUUAAAUAUAUAUUUAUUUAGCAAGUUGCAGCUCACCUACAGGCUUUAUGGCAGCAACAGGCUUCUGGUUCAUGCUGCCUGGAUAGCUGAGCGCCGUUCUUGAAAGAAUCGUUCCUUUUAAUCAUGUUUCCUUGGACUGACUGACGGCCAUCUUUAAUCUUCCAUAAGGCUGAGGUUGGGGGUCGAUCCAGAAGAUUAAAUGUUGCCCUGGGUCGGUAACUUAACCCCAGGUCGCCUGUUGAUCUGUGUAUCAUGUAAAUGUGGCUGUAGGGUGAAGCGUUCUGAUUGGUCGAUAGGAGUAGAAAGACGUUUAAAUUUAGGAAACUUAGUAUAUGAAGUGAAUUUGUCUGCCUUGCAUUAUAACUAAGUCUGUAAGACUGGAUUUGUUUGAUCUGCUGUUAUAUUUAGGGACAUGAAGCAGACCCGUCUGUAACGUGCCUUCAGAUGGCAAUUGCUGUGAAUUGGCACAAUAUAAAUGAACUGAAAAAUCUAAUUUAUCGUGUCAGUUGUGAUUGCUGAUUAUAGCCGUGGACAGUUUGGAGAAAUCAAUUAAGCUAACAGUCGUGUUUUUGGACUGUGGGAGGAACCUGGAGAACAAGACAACGGCAUGCAGCAAGGCCUCGGGCCGGGAUUCAAACCCAGGACCUUCUUCCUGCAAGGCAUCAGAGCUGCUAUCUGCACCAUUUUGCAGCCCAUUAACAGUUUUAGGUGAAUGUAUGUUUAUAUCUGGGCCCAUAUGGAUAAUUAUGACCCUUUUGAGGACAAAUCAAAAUCCACAUUUCAAACUUUGCUGCCAACUUAGUUUAAAGUUGUUUGACGCAUCGUCAUCCAAACCUGGGAAAAACAGCGGUUUAGAUAAAUAAGCAGGUAAAACAAAUCUGAAAUUCAUGUUUGUCAUGAGUUGACCUGACAGGAAUUGAACCCACAGCUGGAACAGCGCCGCUGGCGGCUGUCUGGGUGGCUUUAGGUAAAACACCUGUGGCCUUAAGAGCGACCGCUACAGCUGGAACAAUAAUUGGCUGUCGUCGUCCCGUCCUCCAUCUUUUAAGAGGAGCCUCUGUUUGUUUUUUACCUCCACCGCCAUCGCUCUGCUCGCUCCACCUGGACCGACAUUUCCUACAUUCCAGCUGGUUGCUCGAACACACCACAGCCUCGCCGAUAAAGAUCCCCACGUCACCAGCUCUGAUUGUCAAAUUGAGUUAGU